AACUCGUGCUGGCGUGCGAACUGUUUUUAGACAAAAGAAUGAAACGUCAAACGGCUCGCGGAAAUGUCAAACGCUGCACAAAAACAACAAACACAAUCCACAAAACACACGCACUUCUUGUGAAAUUAAACUUUAUCGGCCGGACCGUUCGAAAUGGGAGGAUGGGCGUUGGAAAUUGGCAAAAUGGCACUUUAUAUGACCUUCCCGGUGGCAAUGUUCCACUGGUUCAAUCAGCCGGAAUACUUCGAGAAGUGGGUAACCGAUACUAGGCGGCAACUGUACCCGCCAGAGAACCCGCAGCAUCGAGCCGAAAUCGAAAAGUGCAUCCGCAAUGUACGGGAGCGCCACGAUCAGGAACUGCUGAAAGCGCUGGAAGAGAUGGAGCAAAAGGAAAAGAAGUGAUCGGAGGAGCUACGGCACACCUUCGCUUAUUGCAAUGUAAAUAAUUUGUUUUUGCUUUAGUGUAUUAUCAAAAUUUAGCAAAAAAAUAUAGGGCGCGUUCCUGCAGGACGUUUUAAAUUAU